UUUUUGUGGUUGGUGCGCUUUUUAUAUUCUUGAAAUGUGUUCAGACCUGUAACUAAAACAACUAGGCUAAACCAUCCACCACCACUUUCCCUCAUCAGAAAAGAGAGAGCCAUAGAAAGAGAUCAAUCAAAUUAAUUAAGCUAAUAUGGAUCUCCACCUUCUUCUUCUCCUCUUCCUCGUGAUAAUUCCAUUCACACCAAAGCCAACCAUAGCUCCAAACCCAGCAUGUCAAAGCUCCUGCGGCUCCGUCCAAAUCAAGUACCCCUUUGGCACCGGCUGCGGCUGCGGCUCGCCACGGUUCCAGCCCUAUGUAACCUGUACACCCGGCGGAGACCAGCUCCUCCUCGCCACCCACACUGGCUCAUACCCAAUCACCUCCAUAGACUACAAAACUUCCUCUCUAACCAUAGCCCCCCAAGACAUGUCAACAUGCACAUCCAUGCACCACUCCUCCAAUUUGGGCCUAGACUGGUCCAGCCCAUUUCAGCUAGGCCCAUCAACUUUCAUUCUCAUUUCAUGCACAUCCCCUACGUCUUCCUUAACCCUAAAGAACACCCCCAUAUGUGACCCCUCAAGCGUUCACCUCUGUGAUUCACUCUACACGUGCCCGGCCGUCGUCUCCCUCGGCUUGCCGUUGUUCCCGUCUACGAAUACGUGUUGCGUGUACGCGCCGGCGAACUUUAACGGUAAAGGAGAAUUGGAAUUGGAUGAAUUAAAGUGUGAUGGGUACUCGUCUGUGGUGUCGUUAGGAGACUACCCAACUGACCCUUCACAUUGGGAAUAUGGGGUGGCCUUGAAAUAUAUCAAUGACAUAUUGGAUAAUAGCGUUAUUGAUAGCAAAUGUAAUUCGUGCGAGAUGAGUGAUGGUAUUUGUGGGUAUGCGCCACCAAGUAAUUCGUUUGUCUGUGUCUGCAAGAAUGGAUAUAAUUCAACAACGGAUUGCUACAGUAAUAACUUAUACGGUCAGAAUGUGGAGCAAUUUUGGAGCACUGCUUCUUUUCCAACAGGGAACAUUUGGUUUGGGUUGUUGGCAGGCCUGAUAUUCCGCUUCGCAGUUUAGCUGAACCGAGCAAGUAGCUCUUGUAAGUUGUAGUGAGACUCUGAUGUGUCUGAACUAGUACUUUUUUGUGUGCAAAA